AUGCUUAAUUUCCCAGAAAUGCCAUUGCCGGAUAGCUACGAGGAUCGACUUUGGAUCACAAAGAUCAUGAACCAUAUGAGUUAUGAAGAAGCGUUCCAGCGUCGUCAUCAGAUUCCAUUCCGUCCAUAUAAAAAGGAUCGCACAGCGAAUAUCCACUGUAACUGGGUUUACCUGGUAGAAUGGGAACUUUAUAAUGGUGAAUUCAUACAAACAUGGGAGCUUGAAGAUCAGCUGAUUCAUUUGAAGGAACUCGACAUUUACAAAGAGAAGUGCGGGCUACAGGAGGAACGAUCGAGGGUUUAUACUCGCUGCAACUGGACGUCUAGUGACGACGAGGAUGGGAUGAAUAUGACUAGCACCACGACCACAGCAGCAUAA